UAGUGAUGUCAUCAAGCAGCGACUCCACUUUACAGCGCCUGCAAAACGCACAGUGGGAGCUGCAGGCUAGUGGUCCAGAAUGCCCCUUCCAUUGGCUCUUCAGGCUCGAUUAUCCAAGAGAGGAAUUCUGAAGAAUGUGGACACAGAUCCAGCAGAAGAGGUUAUAGCAGAGGAUUACGAUGACGACAAUGUUGAUUAUGAAGCGACCCGUAUGGAGAAUCUUCCUCCAAACUGGUACAAAGUGUUUGACCCGCUCUGCGGCCUCCCUUAUUACUGGAACCUGGAGAUGGAUGUGGUGUCAUGGUUGUCUCCGCAUGAUCCCAAUGCUGUUAUCAGCAAAAGCACAGCCAAACAGAAAGAACCUGAGGAAAGGUCAGAGAGGUCUGACCGAGUGGAGCGUUUUGAGAGGGAAGAUAUAAAAGAGAGAAGACACAUCCGGAGGGAUGAAGUAGCUCCCUAUCCUAAGUCUAAAAAAGGGAGAAAAGAGGAGGAAAUUGACCCCAUGGACCCUAGUGCUUACUCUGAUGCUCCUAGGGGCACCUGGUCCACAGGACUACCUAAAAGAAAUGAGGCAAAAACUGGAGCAGACACGACAGCCGCAGGACCCCUGUUCCAACAACGGCCAUAUCCCAGUCCAGGAGCCGUGCUUCGAGCCAACGCAGAGGCAUCCCGAGCUAAACCGGUGGAAUGAGAACAUCUGCUGGAGUGACGUUUUGUGUUUAUCUACCUUGUACAGUUCUCUUUGCUUGAAUGUUCAUGAUGUUGUGUGUGAAAUAAAUUGUCUUUUUAU